AUGUCUCCAGCAGCAUUCGACCGUCUGCCAUACGAGAUCCUCGAGGCAAUCGCAAGCCUUUUAGAUUCUAAAGACCUCAUCUGCUUCACUCUACUCAACAAAGCAUGCUAUUCCGCCGCCCUGCCACACAUAUUCAGCAGCAUUGGCUUCCGAAUCAACGAGCAGGAUAAGCUAAAGCGCGACAUUUCGGGUCUUGUGCGAGCCUUGGAGCGGGCCGAUGCCUUCAAACAUGUCCGGAACCUCGAGAUCUUCGGCGAAUGGCGUACAGAUGACAAUCCUCUGGUCAAAUUUCCUGGUGAAAAUGAAUAUCAGCCCUGGGUAGCAAACCACCAUGUCGCCGGCCAAGGUGGCGAAACAGUCCAAUUACGCUGGCAGGCUGACUUCGCGCAGUCUUCAAAGACUUACGAAGACGAUGCUGUGUGGCAACCACUCGCAGACCUGCUUGUCAGACUUCCGAGGCUUGAAGACUUUAUCUACGAGUGCCCGCAUCAAUUGUCUCUUUGUCUGUUGGAGAGACUACACUUGUCGCUACCAACUUGCAGACUGCACUUGCGUUGCUUCCGUCUCAGAAGCCUGUUGGACGGCAAGGCACUCGACAGCUAUGAGCAACAGCUAGCAACAUCUCCCAACCUGAGCACCAUCUUCACCAGCUUCGAGCUGUUCUACGAAGACUAUUUCGCCGACUUUGGCUACAAGACCAUAGUCAAAGUCGCAUCAGGUGUCGCGCCAAACUUGAAAGAAGUUCGAGUCAACAACUUCGUGACUUCAAAUGCUGUUUCUCGUCAUGCUUGCCGGGCCGAGUUUCGACCUACACCGAGAAAAUAUGAAUUCCCAGACAAGGUAUCGCCCAAAGGAGCUCUGGAAGUUUUGGAACUACAUGGCUACGAGCAUGGCAGAGGGUCGAUUGACAUACCGUGCAUCGAACUUUGGGACGCCUCGACCGAUUUUGCUCGCCUUCGUCGCCUACGUCUCGGCCAAGUCGAAGAAGAGAUAUUGCUGUGGGCGACCAAGAUUGGACCCUUCCGCGACCUCACAGCUCUGACGUUCUGUGCGUGGCCAAGACACCAUCGCAGGCUACACCAUACUACUAUUCCGGCUUUCCUGCAGUCCUUGCCAGCAUUGAAAGAGCUCGAGAUGAUUGGCGAUUUCUGCAGGCACGAUUUGGAUGCCGUCAUCACCGCAUCUGGCUCUUUGCGUCGACUUCAUCCAGAUUCUGAGGUUGCUCCAGACGUGCGCUGA